GUUGGGUGCGUCUUAUGCGUACCAGAUAAAUUUUUGUCAAAUUAUAAGUACAUUAAAUCGAAAAGCAUAUAAAACUUUAAUUCAGUUUAGUGAGAAUGCCUGAGACAUAUUCAACUCAGACAUCAGUGUGAAGUGAAGGCCCAGAAGAAUUUGAAAUACUACUGCAACUCCCGGUUCAUACAGCGUCGAUCGCAAAGCAGCUAAAAUUAUGGAUGCAACAGAAUCAACAUUAUCCACAUACGACACAAAAGAUGACAUAUCGACGACAGUACAUCCCAUGAAUGUGGCGGAACUAAGCUCCUCACUACAGCGAUUCGGCAUCGUUGACUAUUUUGUGUUUGUGCUUAUGUUGGUGGUGUGUGCUGUGAUUGGAUUCUAUUUCGGGUUUAUCGAGAAGAAAAAGAAAACUGGCUCAGAACAGUGUAGAGCAUCGGAGGCAUUAGAUUACUUGGUGGGUGGCAGGAAUAUGAAAGUGCUUCCAGUGUCUUUGUCGCUAGUCGCCAGCUUUGUCUCGGGAAUUUCGCUGCUUGGAACAUCAACCGAAAUAUAUGUAUAUGGCACUCAGUACGCCUUCAUUCUCUUCACAUUGCUGAUAUCCGGAAUAAUUUCGUGGUAUGUGUUCCUGCCGGUAUUUUGCAAUCUCCAACUAACUUCAACGUAUGAGUACUUUGAAAUGCGGUUUGGCCGUGAGGUGCGCUAUUUCGGAUCCGUCUUAUUUAUCGUAGGAAUGGUACUUUGGUUGCCUGUUGCCGUGUAUGUGCCAGCACUGACUUUUAAUCAAGUAUCUGGCGUCGAUACGCAUAUUAUAACGCCGAUAGUGUGUCUGAUUUGCACCUUUUACACUUGUGUGGGCGGUUUGAAAGCCGUAAUCUGGACAGACGUUAUACAGAGCUUUAUUAUGUACGGAUCAAUACUGGCUAUUUGCAUUAAAGGAACCCUCGACAUUGGCGGCUUGGACGUGGUUUGGCAGCGCAAUAUCGAAAGCGGUCGCUUAAAUGCACCAGACUGGACCUGGGAUCCUACAGUACGUUUGUCAAUGUUGGCUGUAUUUGUUGGCGGUUCGCUUCAUAAGAUCCAAUCCUCUGCGGUCAAUCAGAUUUGCAUUCAACGCUACCUUUCCUUACCAUCCUUCAAAGCAGCAAAGCAGACAGUGGUUUUGUUCAAUAUUUUGUUAAUUUUUUUGAUGCUGUGUUGUUGUUAUAUGGGAUUAUUAGCCUUUGCCAGCUACUACGAUUGUGAUCCACUUAGUACAAAGCUCGCAUCAGCAAGCGAUCAGCUGCCCACUUUGCUGGUAAUGAAGACGGUCGGAGAUAUACCAGGGUUACCGGGCCUAUUCGUCGCGGGAGUUUUCAGUGCUGCAUUAAGCUCUUUAUCUACUGGUUUAAAUUCUUUGGCGUGCGUUAUUUCUCAAGAUGUCAUUGGUUCAUUUCUGAAGAGUCCGCUAAACGAACGCCAGACGGCAACACUAUUGCGCUUGAUCGUGUUUGUGUUUGGUGUCUCCUGUAUAGGGUUGGUGUAUAUUGUUGAGAAGCUUGGUAUGGUUUUACAAUUAGCCACAAUGACGGGUGCUGUAACUAUGGGCCCACUCCUAGCUGUAUAUACUAUGGGCGUUGUAGUGCCGUGGAUUAAUGGAAGGAGCGCCCUCACAGGAUGUGCGGCAGGGUUUCUUGUUCUAAGUUGGAUAUGUGCUAAUGCACAGAUCGCCCAAAUGAAGGGCGAAAUUGCAUAUCCUAAAAUGCCUGUAUCCGUAGAUGGGUGCAAAUAUCAAUUUGACAAUGAAACGGCUUGGCACAUUAUCCAUGACUACAAGCCAUCCACUGCGGAUCAGCGAAAUAUAUUUCACCUGUCCUUCUUAUGGUAUUCUGCUUUAGGUGCAGGCAUCUCGAUUGUCGUAGCAGCCAUUGCAACCCGAAUAUUUGGCACAACAAAUUUGGACGAACUGGAUCCAGCUUUGGUCUCGCCUUUUAUGCGACGUUUCUUACCAGAGCGGCAGCAAAAAGAAUAUUUUAGUGUUAGCUUAGAAGACUUUUUUAAUGAUAAAUGUGGAAAUGAGCAUUGCCAAAAUAGUGCAGACAAAAAAUAGUUUCAGUUUUUUCCAUUAAAUUUACAUCUGAAAUCAUUUUUCUUCUAUUAAUUAAAUAAAAAUGCUAAUCUUAGCUUACGACCUUGA